AUGGAAGGCAGGGUAGCAGGGACGGAGGACAAGCCAGAAGGAGGGGUGGUCUCCUCGAUCAAGCAGAAGACUCACCACAACGCCACGGUCUGGAGUGCGCGGCACCUGCCUCAGAAUCGGGACGUUUUUGUCACGUGCGGAGGGGAAGGAGGAUUGGCGCUUUGGCAAUACCACUACGCCACCCCUUCUUCCUCGUCCUCCCCUUCCACCACCACCCCAUCUUCGACCUCUGGCCCCGACCCCGGCGCCCUUUCCCUCCUGAACGCGCGGCUUCUGUCUCCUCAGCCUCUGGUCGCCUUCGAUUGGCACAGGGAGAAGACCGGUCUCUGCGCCAUCGCCUCUUUGGAUCAAUGCCUACGCGUUCAUCUCGUGACCAGGCUC